UGUACGGUAUCCUAGUUUAGGUUGUAACAAUCAAGCAACGUAAAUUGUUCAGAAAGAAUCUUAGUGUUCAUUUCGAGCGAUGUGACAAACAAUCAAGGAAAGAAAAAUGCUCAAAAAGUGUGGAGUUCGGUCGAAGAAACACAUUAACAAUGUGCUCACGGAAUAUCAGAGUACGUACUGCACUCGUCCACCCGACAAGAAAAUCAAAGAGUGGAGGGACGAAGAACCACCAACAAAAAAGGACUGCCUUCGAUACGGGUCAGAUACGGUACACUUGCCGCUGAAACGAAUUUCCUAUAAGGCUUUAGACAACAUGGAUCUGUGCCCACUGCCCGAGUUUAACCCCGUGAUGGAGUCGAUGUACACUAGAGAUUACUACCGCAAGAUAAAUAAAUAUCCGGCAGUGCAAAAGAAACCACAGUACAUACCUACAACGGCGAAAUUCGAAGGCAACCCCCUCUAUAAAGAGCAGUAUGUACCUAUUAGUCCCGAAGUCGCCAGUCAGUGUAAACCGAACACUACUAAACCGCCGCCCUUUUUCAGAAAACCGCCAGGUUACAGACCAAUACAACAAUGUAAGACAGACCUUGAGCGCCGCAGAGAAGGAAGGAAGGAAGAUUGUCUGACAGAUCUAACAGGCAACAGAGUUUAUUCCGACCCAGAUGUAUCAGACCGCUGUGAACCGAAAGAUAACUACUUGAUCGAAGAACCACCCUGGACUAGAGAUAGCAGAUGUUCAACUUCAGAAGAAAAUAUAUCACAUAAAUACAUGCCUGACGACUUCAUUUCAAACAAGGCCAAGUGCAAAAACGGAGGACCCAAGUGUGAUCCACAAAUAUACUGCACGGCACCAAGGAGGCAGCAACAGUGGUUCCCUAAACCCUGUGUCCGCUCUGCCACCCAGCUGAGGUACGAGAUGGAAAGAGGCAUCGACCUACGCAACCCAACAGGCGCCGAGCUGUGCAAGGCACAGAAAGAACAGCCGUGCAAAGUAGUGUGUAGUGACCCAUGCAGAAUAGAGUGUAUAGAGCCGUGCGAAAUAGUGUGUCGUGAUCCAUGCAAAGUCGUGUGCCGUGAGCCAUGUAAACUAGUGUGUCCUAAGCCGUGUAAAGUGGUGUGCCCUGACCCACGCAAAGUGGCGCGUAAUGAACUGGAUGAGGUGGUGUGUUGUGAGCCUUGCAAGGUGGUGUGUCGUGACCCAUGCGACCCAGGCAAACUAGUGUGUUGUGAGCCACGUGAAGUAGUGUUUUGUGAACCAUGCAAAGUGGUGUGUAGUGACCCAUGCAAGGAAGUGCGUCGUGACCCAUGCAAGGAAGUGUGUCGUGACCCAUGCAAGGAAGUGCGUCGAGAUCCAUGCAAGGAAGUGUGUCAUGACCCAUGCAAAGAAGUGCGUCGUGACCCAUGCAAGGAAGUGCGUCGAGACCCAUGUAAGGAAGUGUGUUAUGACCCAUGCAAAGAAGUGCGUCGUGACCCAUGCAAGGAAGUGCGUCGUGACCCAUGCAAGGAAGUGCGUCGAGACCCAUGCAAGGAAGUGUGUUAUGACCCAUGCAAAGAAGUUCGUCGUGACCCAUGCAAGGAAGUGCGUCGUGAUCCAUGCAAGGACGUGCAUCGUGACCCAUGCAAGGACGUGCGUCGUGACCCAUGCAAAGAAGUGCGUCGAGACCCAUGCAAGGAAGUGUGUUAUGGCCCAUGCAAAGAAGUGCGUCGUGACCCAUGCAAGGAAUUGCGUCGAGACCCAUGCAAGGAAGUGCGUAGUGACCCAUGCAAGGAAGUGCGUAGUGACCCAUGCAAAGAGGUGUAUCGUGACCCAUGCAAAGAAGUGCGUUACGAUCCAUGCAAGGAAGUGUGUUAUGACCCAUGCAAGGAAGUGCGAAGUGACCCAUGCAAAGAAGUGCGUCAUGACCCAUGCAAGAAUGUGCGUCGAGACCCAUGCAAGGAAGUGCGUAGUGACCCAUGCAAAGAAGUGCGUCAUGACCCAUGCAAAGAAGUACGUUAUGACCCAUGCAAGGAAGUGCAUCGUGACCCAUGCAAGGAAGUGCAUCGUGACCCAUGCAAGGAAGUGCGUAGUGACCCAUGCAAAGAGGUGUGUCGUGAUCCAUGCAAAGAAGUGCGUUAUGACCCAUGCAAAGAAGUGCGUCGUGACCCAUGGAUGGAAGUGCGAAGUGACCCAUGCAAAGAAGUGCGUUAUGACCCAUGCAAAGAAGUACGUCGUGACCCAUGGAUGGAAGUGCGAAGUGACCCAUGCAAGGAAGUGCGAAGUGACCCAUGCAAGGAAGUGCAUAGUGACCCAUGCAUGGAAGUGCGUAAGUGACCCAUGCAAAGAAGUGCGUCGUGACCCAUGCAAAGAAGUGCGUUCCGACCCAUGCAAGGAAGUGCAUAGUGACCCAUGUAAGGAAGUGCGUCAUGAUCCAUGCAGUGAAGUACGUCGUGACCCAUGCAAAGAAGUGCGUCGAGACCCAUGCAAGGAAGUGUUUCAUGACCCGUGCAAGGAAGUAUGCAGAGACACAUGCAAAGAAGUGCGUCGUGACCCAUGUAAAGAAGUUCGUCGUGACCCGUGCAAAGAAGUGCGUCGUUAUCUAUAUAAAGAAGUGCGUCGUGACCCAUGCAAAGUGCGUCGUGACCCAUGUAAAAAAGUACGUCGUGACCCACGCAAAGAGGUGUAUUAUGAUCUAUGCAAAGAAAUGCGUCGUGACCCAUGCAAAGAGGCGUAUUAUGAUCUAUGCAAAGAAGUGUGUCAUUACCCAUGCAGAGUUGUGUGUCAUGAUCCAUGCAAAGUACUGUGUGUUGACGCAUUGAACAUGGUGUAUCGUAAUCAGUGCGAACAAGUGAAUCGUGCCCUGAACAAAAUCGGUGGGAGCGAGCCUAACCUGGCCAGCGAGCCAAGCAAAGCAGUGGCUAGUGAGUCUACCAAAGCAAGGGAUAGUCCGUCUACUCAGACACGGACCGAGUCUACCGAAAAAGUGGUCGUUAAGCCAAGAAAAGUAGACUAUUCAGAUCUGCCUAAAUCACUAAGCGAGUCUCGUCGCCCUCCCCAGAGGUUCCAGAGUUUGGGUCUGCCCUACAGCGACAUGUACACCACUACGUAUAUGAAGACAUUCGGCAAAGUAACGACUCCAGGGUCAGAGAAGGACAAGCUGAAGAGAAUGCAUGCAUUGACCCGGGAGAUGGCUGCGUAGAUUUACAAACACUCCUGCGUAGAUUUACAAACAUUCCUGCAUAGAUUUAUAAACACUCCUGCUUAGAUUUACAAACACUCCUGCGUAGAUUUACAAACACUCCAGAGUAAAUUUACAAACAUUCUUGCAUAGAUUUACAAACACUCCUGCGUAGAUUUACAAACACUCCUGCGUAAAUUUAUAAACACUUCUGCGUAGAUUUACAAACAUUCCUGAUUUUAGAUUUACACUGUGGUUUUACAUACUUCUUAUAAGUUAUAUAUAUUUUUAUUUCUAAUGUAAAUAAUCAUGUUCAUGUACUUACCAUUGUUGGACACCCAGCAGCCAAUGUGCAUAUUAAAUUCUGCUUGGGGUGUCACCCAUUCAUUUAUUCCUGCGUAAAUAGACUUUAGCAAAACGGGAAUUGGUGUUUUUACAUGUCUCAGAUGUCAAUGUUAAUAACAUUUGAAUGUUAUCUGAUUUUUAAAAAAUAUUUUGGUGAAAUGAAUUAUUAAAUCAUCGAACAUCAUGCUUUUGUCACAGUGAAAAAAAAAUACCUUAGUAGUAGAAAAGUAACGUGUCUGGCGCACUUUUAGUACCCUCCCAGCGUUUGGAAAAAUUCGUAUCUAACCUUCCAUCUCACUAAGUGGCAGGGUAUAUUUAGCUACCCCAUAUUCCCGUUCCAGCCAGUGCCCAAUAACUGGUAUAUCAAAGGCAUGUGUUAUCCGCUCUGUGGGAUAAUGCAUAUAAAAAAAUGCCUUGCUACUAACUGAAAAAUGUACUGGGCUUCCUCUCUAAGACUAUUUAUAAAAAUUCCAAAUGUUUGACACCCAAUAGCCGAUAAUGAAUAAAAUCAAUGUGUUCCAAUGGUGUCGUUAAACAAAACAAAACUAACAAAACUAAGCUCAGGGAUGAUUACUUACAAGUUGGGAGGGUACCACUGGGAAAUAACCUUUCCCCAUGUUAGUCCUAUGGGUGAGAGUGCGCCAGAACCAGUAGGGUUUUUUAACUACAUGUACUUACUUUCAUUAACUACUGGUAGAAAAAUACUUCAUUUGUGUGUUUCUAAUUGUUAUGUAUGUUUUAUCGUUAUAAUAAAUCAAUAUUUAUUGUUAAAAAA